GGUAUUUAAGGCAAGUGACACACAGCAUCAUCCAUCCACUCCAGUUCAUAGAGGCAUCAUUGAAACUAGCAGCAGCAAGCCACCGCUGAAAAGAUGGCAAUCCUAGCGUUCAUUCUGAUUUCUGUUGUGACCUUGAGCUUUCAUUCAGAAGCAAAACAAGAAAUAAAAAGAAAUGUACGAAAAGUAAAAUUAGAAUGGACUAUAGAUUCUCUAAUUCUGCCUAAGAAAGAAGAGGUUGACUGUGAAACAUCUGAUGAUGUCUAUUGGGAGAAAGACGGGAUAUGGAAAGGAAAUGGCAAGUCCUUGGAAAUCUUACUCAAGGAGCCCCCAGAUGCUGGUACUUAUAAUUGUCGAAAUAAUACCACACACGAACUUAUAAGUUCUGAAACCUUUUGUGUAAUGAAGAUGCGUCCUGAUGGGGAAAUAGCUGAAUCAGUUCUCAAAGACCUCAAAGAACCAAAUAAGACCUUCUUCAGAUGUACUGCAAACAACUACUCUGGUAAUUUCACAUGCUUUUGGAGCUCAACUAUCCAAGACUCAGAGUUGAAGUUUGAGAUUGAAGCUGGUUUUGAAGUCAGGUCCAAAAGUACCAUAUCUUGUGGAGAGAUAGUGAAGAAUACUAUGGAUUUGAAUCAUGGAGGAACUGAAGGAAUGUACUCUGUUUCCUGCAAAAAAGUACAACACUGCUCAUCCACUGAGGAGUAUGAACAAAUUGAGACAUAUCUACAUGUUUACCACGGAGAUGUAUGUGAAACCCACCAACACACCUUCUUUCUCAAGGACAUAAGAAAGCCUGAUACUACUGAGUGCUGGGUUCACCAAAGUGGCCUCUUGUCAUGGACACCCCCUAAGACCUGGAGCACCCCGUACAGUUAUUUUGGACUAACGUACAACAUCAAAGUGGUUAGACAUGGAAGGGAACAGACAUGUGAAGUUACUAAGGAUGAGCUAUAUCAAAAAGGAGAUAUUCUAGCCUGCUACAAGCGUGAAUGCCGACAUGCAAAGUGCUUUAUGAGAUCCAGGGAUCACUAUAACAAAAAUUCUCCUUGGAGUGAUUGGUCUGAGAUGUGCAGAAGUGACUCUCGCAAGAAUGACAAAUCACACAUCCAUGAGGAUAAAUCAAAAAUAGAAAAAUGCAAAUGUCAGAACUGA